AUGGCAGCCAUUGCAAAUGCUGCACCCACGACACCCAGAUCCACUGCUGGAUGGUCCAAGGAAGCUGUGUUAACACUAGUCGGUGUCUGUGUAGCAAUCUUUGGCAUCUUCGCCGGCCUAGGAUCCUCACCCAAAGGGAGACGGUGGCUCUGCAGCCCAUUUACAUACUUUUCCAAUACCAGACGCACGACCGCGCAACGUCAACACGCGGGUACAGGACACCAGUUACGAGAUCUCUACGAAGAAUACAUGAGAUUCCGCGAGUUUAGGGAGUUAUACAUGCAAAUGCAAACGCGUCAUUCGGAAUGA